GGCCUCCGCAGCCGUUUCCGCUUCCGCCCCGACGUGCCGUCGCCGUCAGGCCCGCAGUCGCCGUCCGGGCCGGGGCCUGCGGGGGCCGCGCCCCGCCGCGGUGAGGGGCCGGGGGGAGGCGGGAAGGCCGCGGCUGAGGGGAGCGGGGCGGGAGGGCCGCGGCCGGGCGGCUCUGAGGGGACGCGGGGCCCGGCCGUGACGCGCGGUGGCGGCGCGAGGCGAGGCCCCUCCGCCUGGCCCGGGGCCGGCCGGGAACGCUGCGUUUGUGAGCUCAAAUCCGGGGCUGCGGGUGGGGCUGAGCCGUCGGGGCCGAGGCAACGAACGCCGCGGGAAUCGGUUAACUCGGAACGUUGAUUGGAACAGCUCGUUUGAGCGGUCCCUUCAGGCGUGUGGGAGCUGCGGGGCACCGAAAGGCUCCGUUUGUUGUGGUCGCAGCGCUGUGGGAGCUGCGGUUUCACCUUACCCGUAUUUUGGGAAGCACCGAUGGGACGGAGGUCGGUGGGUGCCUCCGUGUGGGUGUUCCCAGCCCGUUUUCUGCUGUCCCAUAGAGCUCCGAGCACCGACGGCUGCAGGAGUGGCCCGAAGGUACGAGCAAGAUAACUGAGUUCAGCUAUAGGCAAAAAUGUCGCUCUCCAAAAGGGAAUUGGAUGAGCUGAAGCCAUGGAUCGAGAAGACAGUGAAGCGAGUGCUGGGUUUCUCCGAGCCCACCGUGGUCACUGCAGCACUGAACUGUGUUGGGAAGGGCAUGGACAAGAAGAAAGCAGCCGACCAUCUCAAGCCCUUUCUCGAUGACUCCACUCUGCGAUUUGUGGACAAGCUCUUUGAAGCAGUGGAGGAAGGGCGAAGCUCCAGGCACUCAAAAUCCAAUAGUGAUCGGAAUCGGAAGCGAGAGCUAAAGGAUGUGUUUGGUGAUGACUCUGAGGUAUCCAAAGAAUCUUCUGGUGUCAAGAAACGGCGCAUACCGCGAUUUGAGGAGGUUGAGGAUGAGCCUGAGGUUAUUCCAGGUCCACCAUCAGAAAGCCCUGGAAUGCUGACCAAGCUGCAGAUCAAACAGAUGAUGGAAGCAGCCACCCGGCAGAUUGAAGAGAGGAAAAAGCAGCUGAGCUUCAUCAAUCCUCCAACACCACAGCCAAAAAUUUCUUCUUCAUCCCAGUCGGAACGUCUCCCCAUCGGCAACACGAUCCAGCCCUCCCAGGCAGCGACCUUCAUGAAUGAUGCCAUUGAGAAGGCCAGGAAAGCUGCUGAGCUGCAGGCCCGAAUUCAGGCUCAGCUGGCCUUGAAACCAGGGCUUAUUGGCAAUGCCAACAUGGUGGGGCUGGCCAAUCUGCACGCCAUGGGGAUCGCACCACCGAAGGUGGAAUUGAAGGAUCAGACAAAGCCUACGCCACUGAUCUUGGAUGAGCAAGGCCGAACUGUUGAUGCGACUGGUAAAGAGAUUGAAUUGACUCACCGCAUGCCAACCCUAAAAGCAAACAUCAGAGCUGUGAAGAGAGAGCAGUUCAAACAACAGCUUAAAGAAAAGCCCUCGGAAGAUAUGGAAUCCAACACUUACUUUGACCCCCGGGUCUCCAUAACCCCAGCCCAGCGUCAGAAACGCACCUUUAAGUUCCAUGAAAAAGGCAAAUUUGAGAAAAUUGCCCAGAGGUUGCGAACGAAGGCUCAACUAGAAAAGCUGCAGGCAGAGAUCUCUCAGGCUGCCAGAAAGACAGGGAUACACACUUCUACCAAGUUGGCUCUUAUUACCCCUAAGAAGGAGCUGAAGGAAGGGGAGAUCCCAGAGAUAGAGUGGUGGGACUCCUACAUCAUCCCUAACGGCCUUGAUCUAAAAGGUGGAACGUCUUCAAAGAAAGAUGAAUACUUUGGAAUCACAAACCUCGUGGAACACCCAGCACAGCUUAACCCACCAGUGGACAGUGACACACCAGUGACCUUGGGUGUUUAUUUAACUAAGAAAGAGCAGAAGAAGUUACGGCGACAGACUCGGAGAGAAGCCCAGAAGGAGCUCCAGGAGAAAGUCAGGCUGGGCCUGAUGCCACCUCCAGAGCCCAAAGUAAGAAUUUCAAACUUGAUGCGAGUACUGGGGACGGAAGCUGUUCAGGACCCAACAAAAGUUGAAGCUCAUGUUAGAGCACAGAUGGCAAAGAGACAGAAAGCUCACGAAGAAGCAAAUGCUGCAAGAAAACUGACAGCAGAACAACGAAAAGCAAAGAAGAUUAAAAAGCUCAAAGAAGAUGUUUCACAGGGAGUUCACAUAGCUGUGUAUAGGGUCAGAAACUUGAGCAAUCCAGCAAAAAAAUUCAAAAUCGAGGCGAAUGCUGGCCAGCUGUACUUAACAGGCGUGGUGGUUCUACACAAAGAUGUCAACGUGGUCGUGGUAGAAGGAGGCCCGAAAGCACAGAAGAAAUUCAAACGUCUUAUGCUUCAUCGAAUAAAAUGGGAUGAACAAACAUCAAACACCAAGGGAGAGGAUGAUGACGAGUCGGAUGAGGAGUCUGUUAAGAAAACAAACAAAUGCUCUCUGGUUUGGGAGGGCACAGCAAAGGAUCGCAGCUUCGGCGAAAUGAAAUUCAAGCAGUGCCCCACUGAAAACAUGGCACGGGAGCACUUUAAAAAGCACGGAGCAGAGCACUACUGGGACCUGGCUCUGAGCGAGUCCGUGCUGGAAUCCACAGACUGAGGGUGCUGCUGCCCCGGCACCCCCCCUAUGGUUUGAGAACAAUACCUCGUGGGAACUUGGACGACCCCUCCCUCCCCUCCGCAGUACAGCGAGUAUUGAUUAAAGAAAUAUUUUUUAAAACAAA